AUGCGGCCGCUCCUGCUCCUAUACUUCGCGACGUUGGUGCGGUGUGACAGUGAAGUGAGGCUGCGGCACUCCAGGACCCUCAUCCGCCACGGCCGCUCCAGAGUCCACUUCGCCAGGCCGCACCGGGCGAGGGAGUUCGCGAGGAUUGAGGCGGAGACGAACAGCGAGUUAGAAAGCAUCGACAAAUCCGGAGAGGAUCCGGUGGUGUCGGCGCUUCGGCCGUACGGCGCGCCGGACGAGGAUGGCUACAGAGAAGCGCCGGACACCUUCCAAAAGUACUUUGGAAACUAUACAGGGAGCAGGGACACGGAUGACGUCUCGCUGCUAGAACACUUUAUAAAUUUAGAACGUAGCUACGAUAACGAAACCCAACGAACUUCAGACGAAGUCGAAGUGAGUGUCAAAGAAAUUGUGAUAAACGAAACCGACUUGGAGAACGUGACAGUGCGGCACAGCGUUCACGAGGACGUAGUCACUAAGUUCCUUAGGUUAAUAGAGACCCAGCAUUUGCUGGGUGAAAAUUGUACAGCCGGCACCCAUCUCAACUUAGGCGAGGGUGUGGUAGAUAGGUAUGCGCAGGAGAGGUUCAGGGUGGAAGCGGACGUGGCAGUGAACAGAGCGAAUAUGCUGACGCGGCUUUGGAAGUACGCGGGUCCUUCUGUUAUGCACAACGAGUACUUGCUCCAUGCGAGCGUCUUCUCCAUGGUCGAGUUUGACGACGACGUCUUCGCGGCCGGCAACUGCUACGACCAAUACCAGUAUAAGGACUACCAGCUGUUCUGCCCGUUCGCGUACCGCCUCCCCGAGGGACCGAUCUUGGCGAAGGAUCUGGCGGUCGAGUACAAGUACUUGAGCAACACGUCCGAGUGGUUCUACAUCGCAAGAAAAAACGCCGAGCGGGUUAUACGGAACCACAAUCAAUUUAGACGAGGUUUCCACACGUACACGUACAACGACACGGCGCACACGGCACGGGAGCCGGACGAGAUUUUGUCCGUGACGUACGAGGACGGCAAGUGGUCGAAGCCGUACUACGACUGCGGCGGCGGCAACAUCUGGAUGCUGACCUACACCGUGCCGUUCUUCGGAUACAACAACGGCACGUACUUCUUCAAGGGAACCAGCGGUAUCGACAUUGACCUGCGGCGCGUCGACAUCGACCAAUGCCCGCUGCGAGCCGGCUCCACUCAACUUAACAUCUUCGCUGCCACCGACAAGUGCAAGAAGACUACCACUGAGUGCGUACCAGUCCCCGGUCUGGGGUUUCGGCGGGGCUCGUACCGGUGCGUGUGUCGGCGAGGGUUCUACUUCCCCAACACCACAGCCGAGAACCGCUUCUACAACGGCAGCGACAUUGAGGAGGAGUACGAGAAACAUCUGCUGAAUCAACGCAGCCUGUACGGCGAGACUUUCGCCUUCGAGUGCCUGCCGUGCGCGGAGGGCUGCGAGGCGUGCGUCGACGGCUCGCCGUGCGUGGCCGCCCUGAACUGGGUGGUGCGGUCCACCAUCCUCGCCCUCGCCUGCCUCGUCAUCUGCUGCCUCCCCUUCAUCAUAUACUUCACCAUCAAGUACGGACACGUCCGGGUUGUUCGGGCGGCUAGUCCAGCUCUGCUGCGAGUGAUCGUGCUUGGCGCGCUGCUGAUCUACUGCACGACGCUGGUGAUGUACGGUAGACCCUCAGGGCUGACCUGCACGGCCAGGGUCUGGCUGCGGGAGGUCGGCUUCUGCCUUACGUACGGAGCGCUCAUGCUGAAGACAUGGAGGAUAUCGGUGAUAUUCCAAGUGCGGUCAGCGAAAGCGGUGAAGAUAUCAGACAUGUACCUGCUGCGGCGGAUCGGCGUGAUAGUGGGGGUAGCGUGCGUGCUGCUGGCCAUCCGCACGCUGGUGGCCCCGCCCACCGUCAUCGUUGGACGCACGAAGGACGAUUUGAAAGCGUACCUGUGUAAUACCGACUGGUGGGACCACUCAUUUACUACGCUGGAGGUGAUAUUCCUGAUGUGGGGCAUCCGUCUGUGCAUCAUGGUGCGGAAGGCGCCCUCCGAGUUCAACGAGAGCCGCUUCAUCUCCAUGGCCAUCUACAACGAGUUCCUGCUCUCCGUCUUCCUCAAUAUAUCCAUGUUAUUUCUCCAGUCGCCGGCCAACCCCGACCUCCUGUACAUAAUAUUCUUCUGUCACACCCAGCUCACUGUCACACUGUUGCUGUGCUUCAUAUUCGGUAGCAAAGCGUACAUGGUAUACAAAGGUCACGGCAAGGACGAUAGAGAGAAGACGGGCAAGUUCAGGUCGCGGCCGGCGGAGUCCACCUACACCAUGACCACCAACAGGAGCGGGAAGUACUGUGACAACAUGACCGAGAGAGACCUCGAGGAGGAGUUCAAGAAAGUCUGCAAUCAGCUGAAGAAGCUUCGGGAACGUUCCACGGCCUGCCCUCAUUUAGCGCGGAGAAUCAUCGCAAUGCAGGACGCUGCGUCAGCGCACGAGAAACCGCCGAUGACCGAACAUUCCGCGCCGCUCAAACUCAACACCGUCUUCAGCGCGGUGGCCGAUAGACUCAUCUGCACCAUGACUCCUACUGAAGAAUCCAGCAGCAGCGGUCGCGAACUACCCUUCGAAGCCCCUCCAGCCUACAGACACAAAAUAUUCACCGCCACCAAAAGCGCUGAAAACAGCAACGCGGAGCAGAGCUGCACAGACGUGACUACAGAUUCGCCCAAGCGGAAACCAGAGAAGGACGAGGUAGAAAAGGAGGAGAAACAAAAAAGUGUUUUCAAAAUAUCAGGUGAGGCUAACUGUGGUGAUAUCAGGCCGCCGGAGGUCGCCAACAAUGGGUACAGAAGCGAAAGAGAUGUUAAGUCAAGUCCGACUAGUGUAGAGACAGUGCGGGGUGUGAGGUCCGGGCAUGCGCGCACGCACGCCAUCGUCAUCAACCUGGAUGAUAAGAGCCGCUUUACAGAGGAGGUCACCGUGUAAAUACUCUAGUACUUAACGUUAGUGAACAUAAUCGUUUAACACGUUCAAAGUACGUGCUCUUUGGAGUAAUUUUGCCCCUGACUUU